CACCCACCUGAUGAAGCGUAUCCAGAGAGGACCCGUCCGAGGCAUCUCCAUCAAGCUACAGGAGGAGGAGAGGGAGAGGAGGGACAACUACGUCCCCGAGGUCUCUGCCCUCGACCAGGAGAUCAUUGAAGUGGACCCGGACACCAAGGAGAUGCUGAAGCUCCUGGACUUCGGCAGCCUGUCCAACCUGCAGGUGACGCAGCCCACGGUGGGGAUGAACUUCAAAACGCCCCGAGGAGCGCUCUGAGUCAGUCGCCGGGUGUCACUUUUCCAAUAAACGUGGGGAAACCA